AUGGUGUUUGCGACCGAGCCUCUGCGAUUGAUGCUGGCCUCUUCUUCUACUCCGGCAUUACUCGCAGUUUCUGUCUUCGAGAUGAUGGCCCGAACGCAGCCGAGCCCGUCUCUUCCCCCAGAACCGCCGGAUCCACUAGACCUUUCUUCUGCAUCCUCGCCUUCUCAUUCCGCCUCCAAGACCUCCCACCACCGUCUUCUUACGCCGAUAACUUUUCUAGAUUUGACCGACACCAAAUCUAGAAGCUCGGAUUGCUCUCGAAGGUUGAUGUUGCUAUCUCCCGAUUGCAUCUCCCUCUGUCUCCGUUCUCGAGAUCCUGCGUCUCAUCUCCACUCUCGGAGGAUGAUGUGCCCAUCAUCUUCUCCUUCUCCCUCGCCGAGAUCCCAUGUCGAUUUCUAUGGCCCAUCUAAUCACUCUCUCGUCGGUCAAGACCUUGACUCCAGCAAGGAUGUCUACUUAUCUCUGGACCCCAGUGUCCCGCCAUCCUUCCUGGCGAGGAAUCAAUUGUAA